ACCUCCUCCGCUUGUGCGGAGCGGCGCGAGGUGUCCAUGGCGGGGCGGUGGCUGCGGGCGGCGAGGGGGAUGGGGGGGAGGAGGAGGAGGGGGUGGUCGGAGGCGCCGGCGUUCGCGGCGGAGCAGCGGGCGACGCUGGUGAACGUGAAGCUGAAGUGGGUGAAGGACCGGGCGCUCGACGGGGCGGUGUCGCGGGAGCGCGACCUGCGCGCCGCCCACCACCUGCUCGACGUCGUGUCCGCCCGGCCAGGCCACCGGGUAUCGCGCCCGGAGCUCCUCGCCGAUAGCUCUGUGCGCAGGGCGUUCGGGGGCGUGGACGGGGUGGACGCGUUUCUAGCCAGGUACCACACGCUCUUCGCGCUGCGCCGCGGCGGCGGCGUGUCCCUCACGGACGCGGCGCUCGACCUCCGGCGGCGGGAGGUGGACUGCCUCGUCGAAUCCGAGCCCGACCUCGUGUCCCGCCUCCGCCGCCUCCUCAUGCUCACGCUGCCGCGGUCGCUCCCCCUCCACACCGUCGACCUCCUCCGCUGGGACCUCGGCCUGCCCCGCGACUACCGCGCCUCCAUCCUCCGCCGCUACCCCGACCAUUUCGCCCUCGACCAGCCCGAGGGCGAUGAGCGCGUCUGGCUCCGCCUCCUCUGGUGGGACGACGGUCUUGCCGUCUCCGAGCUCGAGAAGAGCACCGCUGGCGGCGGCGGCGGUGACACCACUUGCCUCCCCUUCCCGGUGAGCUUCACGAAAGGGUUUGGUCUCAGAAGCAAGUGCAUCAACUGGCUGAAGGAAUGGCAGGCGCUUCCGUACACCAGCCCCUAUGCCGAUCCCUCAGGCCUCGAUCGCCGCACCGAUGUGUCGGAGAAGAGGAAUGUAGGAGUGUUCCAUGAGCUGCUGCACCUCACGGUGGCGAAGAGGACGGAGCGCCGCAAUGUGAGCAACAUGAGGAAGCUGCUCGGCAUGCCGCAGAAGUUCACCAAGGUGUUCGAGCGCCAUCCAGGCAUUUUUUACCUCUCUAGAGUGCUUGGCACGCAGACAGUUGUGCUCAGGGAAGCUUACGGUGGUGGAAGCCUGCUGCUCGCGAAGCAUGCACAUCCACUUGCUACUAUCAGGGAGGAGUAUUCGGCAGUGAUGAGGGCGGCAUUGCCACCAAGGAGGAGGAGGAGUAGGGAAAGUGACUCGUGCAGCGAGCAGGAUGAGGAAUGUGUAGGAGGAGAAGAAUUUGAACUCACUGAAUGAAUGCUUCUGUGCAGUGAAUCAAUUUUGAGUGCACUAAAAUGAAGAAGAUUUAGUUGGAUCACACAAUGACUUGUUAGGCCCAAAAGGACUUGGUGAACCUCAUCAGAUGGAUGCCCUACGAUGUCAAUGGCUCAGCAGCUUGGUGGAUGAUAGAAAGUCAUCUUUUUAGUGGAAAGGUAGAAGAUCAUCAGAGAUCCAAGAUAUGUGAGCAGCAAAGGCUCCAACAGGCAAUCUGAGAGGGUGGGCUAAACAUCAAAAUGUGUCGUUCAUGAAAUUUUAAUCUAAUGAAAAACAUGAGAUAGUUGCUCUUUGUCGGGGUUGUCUGCUGAUAGUAAGAGCACAUGGGUGAUGGGUCUAUCCUGCUUGUACUGCUGCUAUAGCAACGCAUCAAUGGCAUCAGGUACACAUUGUAAUAUUCUGCAAGGCUACAACCGCAGCUAUAUGGCUGUAUCAUCUUGAUCUGCUGUUACCGGUACUCUACAUUGUAAUGGAACAGUACUCAUCCGGGGGGGACCAUUCGUUUGGUCAAUACCACUCCCAAAUAAAUACGGUUGCUGCAUGUGAGACUGCAUCUGAGCUCACUGGCCGGAGAAUCCUAAAGCAUUUUCUAUUGAUUGUUAGCCCAGGGCAAGGCGAAGAUGAAGAUAAAAAAGAAGGUCCAUAUGGGCGAUGGGCACUCCUACCGUGCAUGUUCCCCUCAAGCGACGCCUUCAAUAACUGUGCUCUGAUCUAUCUUAACUUCCCUAUUGAAUCACAGGUUAGCUUGAUCUGGUCACCACCCCCCCCCCCCCCCCCAACUCUCUGCACAAUGCAAAGCAAGGCAUUCCCUUCCUCUACUCUCGAGACAGGAGUGUAUAUAUUAUACGCUUGGCCGUGUGUUGACGUACAACGAUGGAUUCUUGCAUUGUGACAAAGGCACGAAUUCAGCUGAGCCAGGUGCGUGCUACACUACGCCGUUGCUCAGCCUAUCAGCAGCCGUCUUUGAUUCACUCGAGGAUAAAAACAACCAUCUACUUUUGUUCCGUACUCCCUCCGUCCCAAAAUAAGUGUAGUUUUGCACUAUUUACGUUCAACGUUUGACCGUU